AUGGCUUUUAUUUUGAGUGCUAUGUGGUUGCUGUUUACCUGGAGUAAUAUAGGAAUAUUGAGCUCGGAAACAGACAAAAGUAUACCACUUACCGUAAAGAACAAGCUUUGUAAUGUCAACUUUAAUGAUGACAGAGUGCACAUAAGCAACAGCACAAACCUGAAGAUGAUAUACUACAUAACCCCAACAUACCCUCGACCAGAACAGAUACCUGAGAUUACAAGACUGGCACAUACAUUAAUGCAUGUCCCAAGGCUGCAUUGGAUCGUGGCUGAUGAUCAGCCUGUUUGUUCUGAUCAAGUAUUAAGUGUUCUAAGGCGGACCGGCCUACCGUUUACUCAUAUAUCGAGUCCCAAACCCUUUAUAUACAAAAGCUCAAACUUCCCCCGAGGAGUAGCGAAUAGGCGAGCCGCCUUGCACUGGCUCCAAGAGAAUGUAGUGGAUGGUGUGCUAUACUUCGGUGAUGAUGAUAACACCGUCGACCUCCAACUCUUCGAGGAAAUACGGAAUACGAAGAAAGUAUCUAUGUUUCCAGUCGGUCUCAUUGGGGAUUAUGGUGUUUCAGCUCCAAUAGUUAAAGAUGGAAAGGUUGUCGGUUUCUUCGAUUCAUGGCCUGGUUCCAGAACGUUCCCCGUCGACAUGGCGGGCUUCGCUGUUAACGUUGAGUUUUUGAAAGAUACAGCCAAUAUGCCCUUCAUAGCGGGACACGAGGAGGACAGGUUUCUUGUUAGUUUGGACCUGAAAAUAGAAGAUAUAGAACCUCUAGCUUCUAAUUGCACCAAGGUACUCGUGUGGCACACCAAAACUGUUAAACAUAAGAAACCUACUUUGAAAGUAAACAUCAAUAAGCUAGAUUCUAUGGUGAAAUACCAAAAUUUUGCCAACCUACUCAAAGAAACGCACAAUCUCGGAAUGGCUGAUCUAGAUCCGAAAACCGGCGUGAAAUCUUUCAUCACACGGAACCGAAAAACGUAUGAGACUUUAGCCGAUCUUAAA